AUGGUUGUUAGGAAUCAAUUAAGUCCUAUUAUUUUUUUAUGGGCAAGGCGCUCUUCAGUGAUUGCAAGAUUGGAAUGCAAAUGGAAAGGUCCAUAUCGAUUCCGACGCCAAUUUCUUGAUAGCAUUCUUGGUUUACUUGUUUGGAAAGAGCUGAUAAAGGUUGAUUUCUUUUUUGACUACAUUUGGGAUGGACUAGGAUUAAUGAUUACCGAAUUGGAACAGCUAAUACACUGGAUUACAACAUAUCCUGCUGGUCUUAAAUUGAAUGCUCAUUUGAAUGCUGUAUUAUCGCAGUUUUUCGUCUAUCAUAUCUACUUGUGGCAAACUUACUUAUCGGUGGCAAGCGUUUACAUCGGUUUUGGAUUCAUACCACUCUCAUGUUUUCUGGGAUUAUCAGUCUUUCUUGCUGCCUUGUCAGAUCUCCUUCAACUUCUUACCAUACAUAUAUAUUGUUUCCAUAUUUACGCUUCAAAACUAGCUGUUCUAUCAAUUAAGUCAAUACAAUCACUUUGGGGAUUAUUUCGAGGUAAGAAGUACAAUCCACUGCGCAACAGGGCCGAUUCGGUUCGUACAGCUUUUCUCGGUAGCCUCAUGAAUAUUGUUGUACCGCAUUUCUCUACCAUUACAAUUGAUGAAGUUGUUGCUAUUAUAUUAGAUGAAAAAUUACAACAAAAAAUGCCUUUAGCCAUCCUAGAUAUUCGACCUGAGGAAGAUUUUGUCAAGGAACACAUUAUAGGAGCAGAGCAUUAUCCACAAAUUUUACUCAGCCGAGAAAGAUAUGAGACAGAAUCAAUGAAGAGAAUCGGUGUACAGGGCAAGUUAAUUGUUUGUGGUGAAAUUCAUGGUGCUGGUCGAGUGGUAUCAACAUUCUGCGACAGAGGAUAUAAUGCAUUAUUAUUAAGAGGAAAUUUGAAUACUUGGAGAUGUAAAUAUCCAGAGGGGCUAUUAACGACAAUGAAAGACAAAUCAACUACACUGGAUUUACGCAAACUUUCAACUCAACUAGUACACAAUCGCAAACCAGCUUUUGAAAAGAGUACACCUGCAUAA